AUGUCGGUCGAGAUUGAGCCUGUUGAGCUGUCCUUUCGGCGGCCCUUCACCGUCGAGGUCGCGCAGAUCCUCAAGAUCAAGAACCCAAGCUCAUCGCCUUUGGCAUUCAAGGUGAAAACGACGGCUCCCAAGCAGUACUGCGUUCGACCAAAUGCGGGCCGUAUUGAGCCUGGCCAGGAUUUCGAUGUCACGGUCCUUCUGCAGGCGAUGAAGGCCGAUCCCCCGCUCGAUGCAAAGUGCAGGGACAAGUUUCUCGUCCAGUCGGCCCCCAUUACUCCAGACAAGGAAUUCGCCAGCAUUGCUUCAGUGCUCGAGACGACAGAAAAGGCUGCCAUCUAUGAACGAAAGAUCCGAGUCAACUGGUUACCCGCAGGUGACAGCCCUGAUCAUGGCCCCACCGCCGUCGCGACGCCUAGCAAGCCGGCCGCGGUGAUUGGAGCAUACGAUACUCCCGAUGCGCCUCGAUCCUACUCCUCUCCAACUGCUGACGACUCCUCAAACACCGCGCCUCCCCCCUAUGCCAAUGACGAUGGGGAUGAUGAUGAUUCCAGACCGCAGACCGCCAAGUCGGCCGCCUCCAAGACUGCCGCCGUCAGCUCGGUCCUAGCGGGAUCAGAAGACUACAAGGCCAAGAUUGCCCAGCUGGAGGCUGAAUUGGCAAACUACAGGAAUGGCGGCCUCCGACAACGCAAUGUCAAGGGCAGUUCGGAGACGGAGAAGAGCUCGGGUGGAGCUCUCGCUCAGCAAACCAAGCAGAGUGUGGAGGGUGUGCCUGUCAAGAUUGUGGCCAUCUUGUGUCUUGUCAGCUUCCUGCUUGCCUACGUCUUCUUCUAA